GUUUUCAAUUUUGAUCGAGAAUUGAAAGCUGAUCAAAAUUAUCAGUGGCUUUGAUAUCUGAGGGAUCAUGUUGCCAAUGGAGUUGUCGUCUGUGUAUUUAGGUUGCAGCUGGAAUUGCUGAAUCUUGAAUCCUUUUGAAUGAACUAGUCAGAGGUAAUUAGGUAAAUGAGUACGGAAACGGUGCAAGCGGUGUAGUUUUAAGUUCUCUUCUGCAUUUCAAGGGAUCAUCAGAGUUCUUACAUUCACCAACACUAAUAGAAUUUUCCUGAGGGUAUAAAUGGUUCCGCAAUCCAACAGUCGACUGAGGGUUCAAGAUAGGGUCAGUGAACUACCAGAUGCAGUUUUGUGUCACAUACUUAGUUUCCUUGGACCAGAUUAUGCAAAGUGUGCUGUCAGGACCAGUAUUUUGUCUAAGAGAUGGAAGAGCAUGUGGGCCUGUGCUCCCAAUGUGAACUUGAACAGUCGAGAUUUCUCCUCCUCUGCUGAUUUCAAAGCGUUUGCUGAUCGCUUACUUCUUCUUCGUGACUCGUCAACCAUUCAAAAGUUGUAUCUUCAUUUCAGUCUUUGCUCUGCUGAAGAUUUCUCUCGUGUUGAUGCUUGGAUUCGCACUGCUAUUAGGUGUAACGUGGUGGAGCUUGAUCUUUGUGUCUAUUCAGAUGGAGGUGAGGUGUUUGAGUUGCCCAAAAGCCUUUUCGCUUGCAAAACACUCAUGUCUUUGAAGCUGAUGUCUAAUUUUGUUAUCAACAUGCCAACAUCAGUGUGUUUCCCAAGUCUCAAAUUCUUCUACGUUACUGUCCCUACUGAUAAAGACUCCAUGGAUUUUUCUCAUUGCCCUGCGCUUGAACAUUUAGCUAUAGAUGGAUCUCAUGGAGAGGAUGGUGUUUAUCUCAACAUCUCUGUGUCUGAACUGAAGACGUUGAAGAUAACUAGUAAAGAUAUAUACAGUGUUAACAUCAAUGCCCCAAAACUUGAAAAACUUGAUCUCAAGGAAUCGGUUUUGUCAGAUUAUAACUUGGAGAAUACAAAAUCCCUAGUCGAAGCUAAUAUUUAUCUCUAUCACGAAGAGGAAGAAGGCGACGAAGAGGAUGCCGCUUUCUAUGCAACUAAUCUCUUGGAAGGAAUUUCCGGUGUUAAAUAUCUGUUCCUUUCCUCUCGUAUCUGUGAGAAUUGUUCUGUGCCUGCUUUUGAUAAUUUGAGCAAAUUGACGCUAGCUCUUCAUAGCGGCUGUUAUGGGUGGGGAAUUCUAACGAUGUUGUUGGAGAGAGCAUCAAAUCUAGAAUGCCUUGUGUUGGAACAUGACCAUCAUCAUUAUCCCGCCUAUUGUGGUGAAUCAGAGUCGGUGAUUGAACUUGAAGAUCCUAUUGAACUUCCCCCUGAAGUAGUUACAUGGAGUCCACCAGAGUCUGUUCCUAAAUGUGUGUCGUCACACCUCAAGAGUGUCUCCUUAAAGGGAUUCCAGGGAAAGCAUUUCUCGGGACAUGUAGAUGAAAUGGAAGUGCUCAAGUAUUUACUAGAGAAUGGUCAAGUUUUGAAGGAGAUGACUAUUUACACUGAGUUUCUAGAACAGGAGUUGUACGGUGAACUUUCAAGGUUUGAAUGGGGUUCAGAGACUUGUCAAGUUGAGAUUAUCAGCAAGGGAUCUUAGGUUUUAGAAGCAGUUUGUUUGAAGGUCAAAUUCCACGUUUUAAAAGGGUUUUGUUUUGUUACAAGUCUGUAUAAGCAUCAAUUUCUUGAUGACGCAAUGGUAAAGAUGACACUGCUGCUUGUUUUGAAGUUGAUGUUUUUGAUGGAUUAUGUUAGCUAAGCAAUAUGAAUCUGUUUGCAGUA